AUAUCCAAUGUAUGAAUCUCCGAAAGACGACUGUCGAGUUCACAUUGACGGAGACGAUCGCUGUAAUCUGGAAUGCCUCCUUUAGUCUUUGUUCCCAGUCCUGUUUCGGAAAUGAUGUUUGCAUUGGGAUCAUAUAUUCGAACACUCUUGAGAAAUGCCGGCUACAGGGGGUAUCGUCCUCAGGAGUGGGAACACAAAUUGACGCAGAUGCCGUAUUCUUUGAAAUUUUUGAAAAAAGAAUACGAAAAUUCAAUCCUGCCAGUUGUUUUGAGAUUAAGAAAUGCUCCCCUUCCUCUAACGACGGCGAGUAUUGGUUAUUCCCAGAAAGGUUUGACAGGCAGACACCCUUAAAGAUUUACUGUCAUAAUAUGACGUCACCGGAAACUGCGACUGAGUAUCUCACGCUGCCCAAAGAGAACUACUUUAUAAGGCAUGAUAGUACUCACUGGAAAGAGGCUUAUCAAAUGUGUAGCAGGAAUUCCAAUCCUUUAAUGAGGACGGUCUUUUCUAAGAUAAAAAUAGAUAUUAAGUCAUUGAGCAUUAAGCAGGACGACUUCACAUUUGCUAAUACCACUGGUACCAGUGCGGUAGAGAACGUGCCGUUUGGGACGACUAACGAUUGCACCGCAACCAAGACCUGGUAUUAUGCUAACAACCAACCAUGCCAGCUUUUUGCAAGAUUUCAGAUAGAUCUGCAAGGAACUGGGGUAGCUAUUUCAAAAUCGACUACAUGGGGAAUUCAUACAUAUGACGGAAAACUUCUGGAAUUAAGUCGGUCUCCAGAUUCUACGAGAGUGACUUGCCAUUUGUUUGGUUGGUGUGCAGAAUGUUUUCCGAAAACUAACAUAACUGUAGAACCAAUGCAUGGAUCAGUUGUUUAUUAUCAUACUGCUAAGAGAAUUAACUGCGAUGAAAUAGAGGGUAUUCCGUGA